GCUAAGAACACAUCGCACAUCUCGGAGCCUCUCUGCCUUGCAACCAGUGUGGUCUCCUUUGCUUUCCAGAAGACAUCCUUCAAAAUAGAAAUCCGUGCGUGUCAGCGGUUGCACCCUUCCCGGAGCGAUGGGAGGUACAGCCGUCUUUAUUAUUCUCUAGUCGUGAGCCUGUCAUCAUCUAUUUCACACAGCAAUCUGAUCAGCAUUAUUCGGUAUGUUUUCUCCCGUGACAGAGGCCGAGACGCGACAGAAACUGCUGCGCAAUGUGAAGAAAGAGGUGAAACAAAUUAUGGAGGAGGCAGUAACGAGGAAAUUUGUGCACGCAGACAGCAGCCACAUCAUAUCCUUCUGCGCUGUAGUGGAGUCCUGUGUGCUACACGGACUGAAGCGUCGUAUAGCAGGCCUGCUGUGCAGUAACAAGGUUGCAGCUCUCUUCAUGAAGGCGGCUAAAAGCUUUACCCCUGCUGAGGAACUCUGCCACAAAGUCCAGGAGAUGCAACAGCUCAUUGAAACCAGCAAGCAGAACAAUUCUUCUCAGAGUAACGACCGCAGUCGGCAAUCCAAGUUGGCCAACAUCCCGCCUCAGGCACUGAAACACCUGUGGAUCCGGACUGCUCUGAUAGAGAAGCUCCUGGACAAGAUUGUCAUGUAUUUAGUGGAGAACAGCAGUGCCUACUACGAGAAAGAAGCCAUGCUGUUGAAUCCUGUGGAUGGACCAAUUCUUGCAUCUCUAUUGGUUGGCCCUUGUGCUUUGGAGUACACCAAAGUUAAGACUGCAGACCAUUUCUGGACGGACCCGUCUGCUGAUGAGCUCGUGCAGCGACACCGAAUCCACAGCGGCCACUGUCGUCAAGAUUCCCCCUCCAGGCGGCCUGCCCUGAUCCAGAAGAGACAGUCCAGUGGUAGCAUGGAUGAUCGCCCUCUCAUGUGGGUGAGGGACUAUGUUGAGUCCCUCCACCAAAACUCCAGAACUACACUUCUGUUUGGAAAGAACAAUGUCCUGGUGCAGCCGAGAGACGACAUGGAGGCCAUCCCAGGUUACCUUUCUCUUCAUCAAACUGCAGACCUCAUGACACUGAAAUGGACACCCAAUCAGCUGAUGAAUGGCAAUGUGGGGGAGCUGGAUUCUGAGAAAAGUGUGUAUUGGGAUUAUGCUAUGACAAUUCGUUUAGAUGAGAUUGUGUACCUCCACUGUCAUCAGGAAGUGAACAGUGGUGGGACAGUAGUUUUGGUGAGCCAGGAUGGGAUCCAGAGACCUCCUCUACAUUUCCCAAAAGGAGGACAUAUCCUCCAGUUUCUCACCUGCCUGGAGACGGGCCUGCUACCUCACGGACAGCUGGACCCCCCUCUCUGGAAUCAAAGAGGAAAGGGAAAGGUUUUCCCCAAACUGAGAAACAGGAGUCCGCACGGCUCCUGUGAUUCUGUAUCCGAUAAGGAAGAUGAUGAAUCAACCGAUUAUGUGUUUCGAAUCCUCUUUCCUGGCAAUCAGAUGGAGUUCACAGUGGCCCUGGAGCUGAUGGAGCAGGGAGUGAACAUUUGGCAACCGACGCCCCGAAAAUCCUCGUGCUCCUCCUGCUCACAGAAUGGCUCUUCUGAUGGCUCUCUGCCUAAUGGCUGUAAUCAGGAAAGGGCUCCCUUAAAGCUCCUCUGUGACACCAUGAAGUAUCAGAUAAUCUCCCGUGCUUUCUACGGAUGGCUUGCAUACUGUCGGCAUCUGUCCACGGUUCGCAUACACCUUUCUGCUCUGGUCAACAUCACUAUAGUUGACCCUGAUGUGCCCUGUGAUUCCAGAGGAGGCCUCUCUGUGGAGGUCUGGGGACAAUUCCUCAAAGACAGCUCUGCGUUUGAGGAAGAGGAGAUACACAGGCUUGUGUAUUAUGGUGGUGUGGCUCCUUCACUACGCAAAGAGGUCUGGCCCUUCCUGUUGGGACACUACCAGUUCACCAUGACUGCCAAAUGCCGACAAGAGAUUGACGAGCAGAUGCGGAUCAUGUAUGAGCAGAAGAUGAAGGAGUGGCAGGGAUGCGAGGCCAUCGUUCUUCAGAGGGAGAAGGAGAAGCAUGCCGAGGCCAUCGCCAGAUGUUUGUCAGCCAGUGUGGAGAGAGGCCCGGUGCAGCGGGACUCCACCAUCAGCACAGAUUCGUCUCUAUGUAGCAGCUCAGAUCCACAGAGUGCCACCUCACAAAGUGAUUCUAGCAACAGUGCACAGGUAUUUGGAUCGGUUGAGGCAGUGGAUCAUAUUGAAGCUGAACCCAAAGCUGAGGAAACAGAAAUACAGCACAGUAGUCCACUGAAGGAUAUCACAAGUGGUACUGCAGAUGCCCCAAAGCUUCCCUCCGGCAGCCCCUCCUCUCUGGGUCUGACAAAUCAGCAACCAGGAUACGAAAACAGCCCUCUUGUAACAGAGUCAGCUGUUGGAUCCGCAAACGCUCAGCCGUCAGUGGAAGAAUCAGAAGUCUUACAUGAAAAAACAACUGCAUCACAGGAAGAGGAUGUAAAGGACCCAGUAGCAAAGGAGGAGGUGUUAGAGACAAAGAUGGAGACUGUUUCAGAAGGUGAGGUUAAGGACUGUGUAAUCAGUAAAUCACAAGAAACACCUGAAUUUGAAGAAAAAUCUAAAGUAGAAGAUAAAGAUAUUUCAACAAGUGAGCUGUCUGAAGACUUGAAAGCAGUAGACACAAAUAUUAAUUUAAGAAGUGUUCCAGAGAGCACAAAUGUUCUUAAACUAGAGACAGAGAUUACUAAUGAAUAUUUCCAAGCACCUCCACUCGGGCAGACCUUGGCUUUUCAAGCACAAAAGAGCAAAGCACUGGACGUGGAGCCUCAAUGUCCGCCUGCAGCAGAAAAAGACACAAGUGAAGAACCGGAAAUAACUUCUGAAAAAAAGGCCUGUACCACAGAGUCAGAGAGAAAGGAUGCUGAAUUAACAGUUUGUGACGUGACUGAAAUCAAAAAAGACAAACCUACAGAUAUUCAAUUUGAGAAACCUGGUUCAAUUUCACCUGUCAGACAAGUACUGAACGCUCUCCAGUCAGCGUCAAGGGGCAGCCUUUCGUUACCGUCCCACUCUCGGCAGUCUCCAGACACAGCAGAUUCAGACGACUCUCCUUCUGCCCUGGAAAUGGAGGACAUACCUGCAGGGACAUGUGUGACCUCUGAGGAUAUCAGUUCUAGGCCUUUGACUGGCCUUUCUGCUCCCCCUGUCUCUCUUGCGCAAAGACUGAAAAUGACAUCAGAGGAUUUUGUCCUAGAUCACCAUCUGGACACAGCCUGCAACACCAGCCCUGAGGGCACCGACCCGGGCCUUUCUGAGGAGGAGCCCGAGAUGGAAAAUGUGCUCGCUGAACCGGAGUCUGCAGAGGUCGGAGGAGGAGGCGCCAAAUUGGACGAAUCCUCAGAAGAACAAACCUAUUCUCAAGAGACACUGGAUAUGUACCUGAUCAACUUGCAUCGCAUUGACAAAGAUGUCCGACGCUGCGACAGAGCUAAUUGGUACUUCACUACUGAGAACCUGGACAAGCUGCGUAACAUCAUGUGCAGUUAUGUGUGGCAGCAUCUCGAUACAGGUUACGUCCAGGGCAUGUGUGAUCUGCUAGCUCCCCUACUGGUUAUUCUGGACGAUGAGGUCAUGGCAUUCAGCUGCUUCACUGAAAUGAUGAAGAGGAUGAACCAGAACUUUCCUCAUGGAGGUGCCAUGGACUCUCACUUCGCCAAUAUGCGUUCUCUUAUCCAGAUCCUGGACUCUGAGCUGUUUGAACUGAUGCAGCAGAAUGGAGACUACACACACUUUUACUUCUGUUAUCGAUGGUUUCUACUCGACUUUAAAAGAGAAAUGGUGUAUGAUGAUGUUUACUCUGUGUGGGAAACAAUCUGGGCAGCCAAGUACAUCUCCUCCGAGCACUUUGUCCUCUUCAUCGCUCUGGCACUUGUGGAAAUUUAUAGAGACAUCAUCCUAGAAAAUAACAUGGACUUCACAGACAUCAUCAAGUUCUUUAAUGAAAUGGCAGAGCGACACAACGUCCCGCAGGUCUUGAUGAUGGCGCGAGACUUGGUCAACAAAGUACAGACGCUCAUAGAAAACGAGUGACACAACUGUUCUGCUGCCACGUUUCUUUGUGCUAAAUUGUUUCAAGACACUGACACCACAUAAUAGUAAUUUAUUCAAAGGGAAAUACAUGUUUAUGAAAUACAGUGAUUGGUAAGUCCAGUAUUCUAAGAUAGUUGUACAACAACUUAUUCCCAGCUGCUCCUCUCUACAUGUAUAUUCAGGGGAGAUGGAAUUAUUGCCAGUACAUUUAUUUUUUAUGUGAUAUUGUUCACCUAGUGAAUGUACCCUUGUUGGAACUGCUUCAGGAUGUUAUAUAUUUUUGCCUUAAAUUAAGCUAUUUGUUCAGGGAUCCAGAAACCAAAUGAUUCACUGUAUUGUUCUUUUUAUUCAGUUACACGUACAUCUUGUGAUGCACUUGAAUAUAUUUUAUAUAUCAUCUUUUUUUGCUUAAAUUGUAGCUACCAUGACUAACCUUCUUGAAUAUAUUUUCAGUAAUGAUGUCCACCAUUACUGGAUGAUUUGGUUUUGUGAGCGUUAAAUGUACAUGAGAGGAGUUUGUGUCUAAGUAGCAUGUGUGGUUUGCUUCUCAACAGCCAUUUUAGGACAAAUUACCAGCUUCUCUGAGGCGUGAUGCUCCUCUUCCUGUUUUUGCCUCUAAUGCACACAAGCUUGGAGGAAAUCCAGACCCAACCUGUGAUCUCUGUGCACUCGGGCAUGAUUGCACAUAGGUUGCAUAUAAAUACCAUCUUUCCUCUUGUACCAAGUUCCUAAACAUUGAGCUCCUUCUAUCUCUGACCUUGGCUAUGCAUUGUUUCUUUGCAGACUGGUUCUUCUUACUGGUUCAAUGCAAACACAUUUUUCUCACCUUAGUUAACACUAUGCUGCUCAGGCGGAAGAUAUAUGCUGUUGUUUUUUCACAACAUCAAGAUAGUACAGUGCCAAUAGAUUCUAUUUCCUUGCAGCAUUGCGGUAGCUGGUGUGGUUGAUUUUGAGCUGGUGGUAAACUAAAAGUGGUGUGCAGUGAAGGCAGCAUGCUUCCUUUGCACUAUCUUAUUCGCUUUUACCCUACAAUCAAUGUUAUGGUUUUCUUCCAAUUUAUUGCCCUGCCAUCUUGGUUGCCUUGUCUCUAACACACUCUAGGAAAUAGCUACAGGUAUUGUAAGACUAGAGUAAAUGUGCAUUUCUCUUUAUUACCUCAAGAUCCCUUUGUUCAUAUUAGUAGUCAUGAGGUUUCAGAUCGCAUACAUGGUUUCAGUUUGGCUUUGUCCCGCCUACAUUUUGUUUCUUCAUUUUGUUCAGCACCCUCCACCUUGAUAGGCUACAUCCGUAGUUUGAUCAGUUGAAAGAGCAGUGAACUUGUGCUCAGUCCAUUGAAGUGCAUUUAUCAUUUUUGACAGCAAUGGUCAGCAGAUUUACUUUAGAUACUCCCGAUAAUUUGAUAUUUUUGAAGCUGUCUUCGUCAUUUAGGGUUGUGUAGUGCUUGCUGGUCAGUGGUAAAACAGAUAAACUUGGAUUUAUGUGCAUAUGUUCACACCACUGAAUUGUCUGCUGCUAAUCAAAUACAGUGAAUGGGAAUUGUAUUUGUUCAGCUGAAAUUAACAUAUAUUUAAAGAAACAAUGUUCAGGAAGACUUUAUAUCAAUAGUUUUAAUUGGCCGAACGGGGUCUGUGAUAAUCAGUUUAGCAGAUAUUCCAGAGGGAUGUCCCAAAUGUUCAACACAAAUACAAAAUUCUCUAUGUGACCUAUAGUUUAAUUGGUGCCACUUACAAUUGCAAAAUAUCCAUAACACACCCUUGUUUGGUUCACAGCAGCUUACCCACAAGUGUUUGGAUUCCACUGCUAAUGUCUCCAUAUGAUCUUCUAAAACAUGCCUGAGUAUUGCUGUUUGUGUAUUGCUGUGUUUGUUGUCAGAAGAUGUACUGUAAACAAUGUGUUUGAAAGAAACUAAGCUCGUACAUGGUUAUAUAAAUGCAAUACGAUGUCUGUAUAUGGUCUUUAUUUGAUUAUAAGGAACAGAAAGAUACAAAUAUGCCAUUGGAAAUAAAACAUUUUUUUUCUUUUCUCUGUCCUCUCAAAAUUGUCACCUGGUAAAAUUAAUUUAUUGCAUAUUAAAAAAUAUUAUAUUUUGCA